AUUAUCAAUUUAAUGGAGCUUCUCAACCUGAACUUAAUAUCAUAUCUGUUCAAACCCAAUCCAUUCAGAGACAUAUUAGGACAACACAUAAUCUUGCCUGGAGUAUAAUUGAUAAUUUUAAUCCAUUAAUUAUUAGUAAAAAAAAUGUGAUUAGUGGCCGAUAUAUGCUUCAACGAAUAUCAAUUUGUUGUGAACACUGUCAAGCCAUACAUUGGCCAACGGAGUCUUCAACUAAUUGCUGCCGUAAUGGAAAAGUUGUUUUGGCACCAUUAGAUAAUGCACCUCCAUCAAUUUUAAGCCUCCUUACGGAAAAUUCACCCAUGACUGGAGAACCAUAUUUGAAACAAAUUUGGUUGUUCAAUUCAGUUUUUGCAUUCAUAUCGAUAGAAGCAUCAAUUGAUCCACAUCUUGCAAAUAGUGCUAAUGGGGUAUAUACCUAUCGUGUUCAAGGUGCAAUUUAUCAUCGAAUUGGUUCAAUGCUUCCUGUGGAGAAUUGUACACCCAAAUUCUUACAAAUAUAUAUAUAUGAUGGCAAUUUUGAAGCUGAAUUGAGCUACCGUCACAUUUUUCAUAGUGCUGGCCAAUUUGUGCGUGAAGGUCAACCUGUUGUAUUAAAAAUUUUAAGUGGUCAAGGGUAUGAUGUAUGGCAUUAUAACUGCUCUACUGCUAAUGAAGUUGCGGUUUUGAUGAUUGAUGACAGUACUAUCAAUAGUGGUCGUAAUAUUCUUCUUCGGACUAACCAGGGUCAAUUGCAGCAAAUAUCAGAAUGCUAUGCUGCAUACGAUGCACUUCAGUAUCUAUUACUAUUUUCAUAUGGCCAGCUUGGGUGGCAUCACAAUAUUCCUUAUUCAACAAGUACCAGAUCUAACUAUCAUGAAAGCCAUGAGCUUGCAAGUGAUAACGAUUCUGAGAAUGGGGAUUCAGACAAUGAAUUGAGACAAACACGGUAG